GUUCGCGUAUCACUCUGUGCGAGAAGCCGGUGGUGAGGCCGUUACUUUCUCUCAGUCUUCCUCCGCCCGACGGCAGCGAUGCAUGCAGCGGGGACCGACACACUAUCCCUCCAGGAGUAUGCUGCGUCCGUGGAUAAAACCACCCUGCCUCGCAUUCUGCAAGUCUGCUCCGGGGUUUACUUCCAAGGGUCCGUGUACGAGCUAUCGGGGAGCGAGGUGUGCCUCUCCACGGGGGACCUGCUGAAGAUCAUCGGCCUGGAGUGCCAGUCCGUCUCCUGUGAGGACAUCAGCACCAAGGAGACGUCGGAACUGCCCCUGGACUACACAGGUCUUUUCAGGCUGGUCCCAGAGGACAUGCCGUUCGGCAGCCUCGAGGAGAUGGUCGGCCUGGUCCCAACCGAGGUGGACGCCUGCGACUCCUUCAGCUUCACCUGCCGGCACCAGGUGCUCCUGGAGGACUGCACGCUGGAGGCCGGAGAGGCCGUCACCGUGCUGUCUGUGGAAUCCCGGCACGGGGAGGAGGGACACGCCCGCUGUCGCCUGAGGGACCACGCGGGGGCGCGGCAGGAUGUCCUCGUCCCGCUUUCCUGCCGCGGGGAGUUCUACGAGAACGACAACGGGCACAGCUACUCGCUCCGGGAGAUCCUGGCCACACCCCGCCUGCUUCAGCGCCGGUUCCGCCACUCCAAGGCCAGCAGAUGCGGGGGGCCCCUGGUCCUCAGCGUCAUCUACCAGGUGCAGGCCAUCAUGCACCUGAGGAAGAACGUGGUGAAAUUCCCCUCCAGCCUGGAGGUGGAGGUGGUGGAUGUGACGGAGCAGUCGCAGGACGUGGAGUUUGUGACGCCGCUGUCGCUGGCAGAGGUGGCAUCGCAGCCCGAGCGCGCCUUCCCCACCGUGGCCGAGAUCCUGGAGGAGCCCGAGGCCGCCCAGUCUCUGUUCCGCUGCGGCUGGCUGCCGGCCCUGCACAAGGGCCACCUCCUGGUGCUGCACGGGGCCGGCGCCUCCUCCAUCGUGCUGGCGUCCAGCUUCAAGGGGAAGAAGGAGAGGCAGUACUUCCUGCUGUCACAGCGCUACGGCGGGUCCCUGCGGCGGCGCCCCCGUGACUUCACCUCCGUCUACGAGCUCUACGCGGCCUCCCUGUGCCACCCGGGCCUGCGGGUCAGCGUGUCCAAGCACUGCGAGGCCCCCGAGGAGGGCCUGCCCUCGCUCAGCGUCGGGGACCAGCUGGAGGUGCUGAGCUCCAGAAAGAUGGAGCUGACCUGUGACGGGGAGAAGCAAGCCGUGGAGGUGCUCGUGUGCAAGCACAUGCCGGAGGAGGAGGACGAGGAGGACGAGGAGGACGAGGACAGGGGGGAGGAGAUCGAGGAGGUCUGCCUGCCCAUGUUCCUGGAGGGCCACUUUGUGGAGAAGAUCACCGACAACAAGAAGUACAGCCUGGGGGACCUCUGCAAGCGCUUCACCCUGCCGCUGGAUGUCAAAGUGGCCAAGCGGGACACGGGGAUGGAGAGCGACCCCCUGGCUGGCUUCUCCGCCCUGCGGCUGGAGGAGGCUAACGUGGAGCCCACGGUGUGGGCCAGCCUGCCCUGCAAGCCGGACCUGUGCUUCGAGCUGCCCAUUCGCUGGCUCACCAUGUCCCUCUCCUUCACCAAGGACCCCCUUCCCUGGUCCGAGGGCCAGCCCCCCGAGCUACGCUGGGAGACGGUCACUGAGGUGACAGACAAUUUCUACUACGAGUUCCGCAAGCUGACUGGCUGCGUCAUGGCCCCGCCCCCCCGGCCUCCCAAGCGGAGGGUAUCCACUCAGAAGCCGCCCCGGCCGGCUACCAAGUCCUCGUCCAGUCCUAGACCUGACAGGCCACACUCCAAGAGCCACACCCUCUCCCAGGACAUGGGGCAGCUGAAGCUCUCUGAUUGGACAGAUAGGAGCCCUCUUCCGCCACCCCCGGACAUCUCAAAUGAGACUCCUCCACUGAUUCCCAGAAAGCCCAACUCCAAGUCAAGCGGCCGAGCGCCUCCCAACACCUACGUGCAGACGCCCAAGAGCAAGAGCGCUAGGAAGAAAAAGGAUCAAGAAAGAUACUCGGACAGUGACCAUGACUACGAGAUGAUUGACAUGGUGAAAAAAGCACAGGAAAGUGUCAUGUUUUACUGAGCCCGCCGUCUCAACUCGAGGGGACCACAGAGCUUUUUUUCUGCCGUUUUGUGGAGAAUUCAUCGGGACAGAAGCCGGUGUACGGCAACAGCCAACUCUGCUCUGCAGGGUGCAAGGAACACCCCGGUCCCACCAUCACGAGUCUCGUCCUAAGACUUCUGCAUGUCAAAAAACAUUCUCUGCAAAGAAACGCCAAAGAAAGAAAGAAAGGCCACAUUUUAUUAUUAUUUUUUAAAUCUGUCUCAACAUGUUAUCAGUACAUAAUUAACUUUUGCCCUGGGUUCCUCUUUAUCAAAUUUUGAAAUUGCGUUUGAAUUGAUGUUGGUUGAGAUAACCUUCAGCGCCACUGAAUACAAGCUGAAGUCGGUUUCUCUGAAAGCUGAAUGUCUGCGAUGGUUUUUGAGAUCUGUAUGCAAGCAGACACUGAAAGACAGAACGACAGAGCCGGUAGCCUCCAGAUACAGCAUGUCCGAGCAUUACAUACUUUCUUACAGGCAUCUCGGGAGUCACCAUUAGGCUCCAGGUGACAGACACCGUCAUAGCAAAGUGUGACAAAUAAAUCUGAACGUAGUCCUCAGACUAUAAUCUGUUCAAUUUAAUAGCAAUGUGCUUUGCCUUCAACUCUGGGAAAUGAAUUUGUUUCAAUUUAACUUUGAUGUGCUUGGCAAUUUAACUGAGUUUGAACAAGUUACAUUUUUUGUUAGAACAUGGUGUAUUUAUAACAUUAAUAUACUCAAAAAUGUAAGAAGACAAAACUACAUGCGCAAAAGGAUUUUGUUAAAGCAACCUUCAUAAAUCCACAAAAAUAAUGGUUCAAGGUCCUUUGAUCGUUUUCAGACUCCUCAGAAUGUAGAUGAGGCAUCUGAAUGUGACAGUUGUGCUUUUCACACAGGCAUGGACGUGAUUUUUAUUAAAUUUCCUUUGUGUCAUGCA